CCUAACGUUUGAUAUAAAUGGCGGAUAUCACAACAAGCUGUUAAAAGCGCGGUGUUUCACGCAACUUUGUGACUUGUAUUUAUUGACAAACGAGCACCAGGAUGUCGACGGACUUCUACAUACGCUAUUACGUCGGCCACAAGGGCAAGUUCGGCCACGAGUUUCUCGAGUUCGAAUUUCGGCCCGACGGCAAGCUGCGAUACGCCAACAACUCCAAUUACAAAAACGACACUAUGAUCCGCAAAGAGGCGUACGUGCAUCAAUGCGUGAUGGAGGAGCUGAAACGCAUCAUCCAGGACUCCGAGAUCAUGCAGGAGGACGACUCGCUUUGGCCCCAGCCGGAUCGCGUCGGUCGCCAGGAACUGGAAAUCGUGAUCGGCGACGAGCACAUAUCGUUCACCACGUCCAAGACCGGUUCUCUUCUGGACGUCAAUCAGUCGCGGGACCCGGAGGGUUUGCGAUGCUUCUACUACCUGGUACAGGAUCUCAAAUGCCUGGUGUUCUCGCUGAUAGGACUGCACUUCAAAAUCAAACCUAUAUAAAUCCUGAAUUCCCGCGUGUUGAAACAUUAAUGUAAUUAUUCCGCCUUGUUUAAUAAAGUAUUUACAUAUAUUUAUA